AACCGUAAAAUUUGCACUCUAAUAGCUUGUGCUUCAAAGAGGUAUAAGAAUGAGCAGCUGAUUGACCUGAGGUAUCACUUUUCAAUCGAUCGUUAGUUCUCUAGCUCAAUUUAGUUCUCCAUCAAAUUAAUCAUGAAGGUAUUCACCGCCAUCAUAGCUCUAGCCCUUGCGGUUGCAUCUCAAGCAUCCUACAUCUCGGAACCGACAUACCCAUCUUGGCCAGUAAGCACCUCCGUGUGGCCUCCAUACGGUGUCUACGGUAAAGGACUGUACAACAACAACGCUUGGCAACACGCCAACUCUGCCGCAUGGAAUGGUCAUUCUUCCUACGUCAACUCGUGGUCUCCAGUAUGGUCCCAUUACAAUGGCUACGACAGCGGAUUGUACGGAAACAAUGUCAACGUGUUGAAGUCUGCGUACCCAUGGGGACAGCCCUGGGGAACGUACGGGAAUGCUGGAGUCUACGGAUUGGGACAUCAUGGUGGCUACCUGUCGUCGGUUCCCGUUUCGAAGCAGAUUGCUGCCACCCCAGGUUCGGUCCAUGUUGCCCCAGUUCCAGUCGGUGGAGAGAAACUGAUCACGGCUUAAGAACUUGAACAGUCUAAUAAAUUGCAAUGAA